AUUCUUUAGGCUUGUCGGGGGUCAUAACCACCGGAGCCCUAUGGCGGUCCUCGAGGUUGCAUGCUUCAACCCAAGUUCAGCCAUCGCCGCAAGCACAGCCCAAGUCGACCGGAUCGAGCUGUGUUCCAAUCCCACUGUGGGAGGAGUAACACCUGACAUUGAAUGGCUGGCUCAGAUCUCAGACAAGGUUGAUAUCCCAAUCAACAUCAUGGUACGACCCAGGGGCGGCAACUUCGUCUACUCGGAUCCUGAGUUCGAUGAGAUGAAGCAGACCAUUGCACUCUACAAGUCAAAGGCAGCUGUCAAUGGAUUUGUGUUUGGCAUUCUUCUUCCUAAUGGCAAAGUCGACAUCGUCAGGACAUCGGAACUUGUCCAACAAGCCAGUCCACUACCCUGCACAUUCCACCGUGCCUUCGAUGACACUCCAGAUCUGUUUGAAGCUCUGGAAGAUGCGGUCAAAUGUAAUGUGGGAACGAUCCUUACAUCUGGUGGCUGCCGCACUGCAGUGGAUGGAAUCGACACGCUUGCUCAGCUAGUCAAGCGUGCUGAGGGCAGAGUCGCCAUUAUGCCAGGUGGCGGCGUGAGGUCUGAGAAUCUAGCGACAUUAAUAUCGACGACUCAAGCAACCGCAUAUCAUUCUUCAGCUUUGGUGGACACUGAGCAGGUAGCCAAUACUGCCGAGAUGGAAUCUAUGAAGAAAAUAAUUGCGACCAUUUUUUAGUGCAACAAUCGAGGACUAUAUUCAAUUCUAUAACACCC